AUGUUGGUUGAGAGGAGGGACAGCGUUGCAACAGCGGCAGAGAGAGCAGGAAACAGACCAGACACAGAUGAAUCAGUCAGCAGAAGAGAUGACAUCUCACUGCAAGGCAUGACUACUAUCACUGCAGCUGUAAGAGAUGUAGAAGAGGAAGAAGAUGUGACAAUGAGAGCAGUGCUUCUGCAGCUCAUUGACACUGCUGUCUUCAUCUUCAACCUGGCUUUCUUGACAGUCACAGAGGCUGCAGCUGCAUCACAAAGACAUUUGAUCACUAGAAAACAUCAGAAUAAGCUCUUUAUUGUCUUUCAAGAAUGA